AUGGCAGACAGAGAAGGGUGCAUUGACAGUGUACCUUAUGAUUGUAUAUAUGACGAUGGUCCUUUAGGUUUUGAAAAAAAUAAUAAUACUGACACUGUAAAAAAGGUUGAAGUGCAGGAUCCUUUGGAGGAAGUAGAUAUUGGUAACAGUGAUUAUCCUAGACCAACAUAUGUGAGCAAGAUGCUGCCUGAUGAUUUCAAAAAAGAAAUGGUGGAGAUUUUGAAGGAAUAUUGCGAUUGUUUUGCAUGGGAUUAUGCAGAGAUGCCAGGCUUGAGUCGUGAAUUGAAUGGAAAAUUAAGGGUUUGCAUUGAUUUUAGAGAUUUGAAUUCUGCAACACCAAAAGAUGAAUAUCCAAUGCCUAUAGCUGAUAUCUUGAUAGAUUCUACUGCUGUUCAUGAAAUGUUAAGUUUUAUGGAUGGAUAUUCAGGUUAUAAUCAAAUAUACAUAGCUGAGGAAGAUGUGUCAAAAACAGCAUUUAGGUGUCCAGAAAAAGGGAUUGAAAUUGACAAAAAUAAGGCAAAGGCUAUCUUAGAGGCUCCUCCUCCAACUAACAAAAAGCAACUGCAAGCAUUUUUAGGGAAGGUCAAUUACCUUAGAAGGUUCAUUUCCAAUCUAUCAGGAAAAACCAAGGUUUUUGCGCCUCUGAUCAAGUUGAAAAAAGAGGAAGAGUUCCAAUGGAAAACAGAGCAUGAAGAAGCUUUUGACAACAUCAAGCAGUAUUUGACUAAUCCUCAUAUUAUGACACCUCCAAGGCACGGAGCACCUCUAAAACUUUACGUGUCAGCUUCUGAAGUAACAAUUGGUGGAAUGCUGGCUCAAGAAGAUGAGAAUGGCAACGAGAGAGUGAUUUAUUAUCUAAGUCGUGUGCUAAAUGAUGUUGAAAGCCGUUAUUCUCCAAUUGAGAAACUUUGUUUAACUUUAUAUUUUUCCUGUUUAAAACUUAAGUACUAUCUAAUUCCUAGGAAUGUUUAUGUAAUUUCUAAGUUUGAUGUUCUUAAAUAUAUGUUGUCUUUUCCAAUAUUGCAUGGUAGACUAGGAAAAUGGAUGCUGGCCUUAACGGAAUUUUCUUUACAUUUUAUUCCUGCAAGAGCGAUUAAGGGUCAGGUUCUAGCCGAUUUCCUGGUUGAUCACCCUUGUAUUGACAUUGAUGAGAAUUUACUGAGUUUCGUUGGUUUCGUGCCUUGGAAAUUAUAUUUUGACGGUUCAUGCCAUAAGGGUGGUGUUGGUAUAGGAAUUUUAAUUAUUUCUCCAAGUGGUGAGCCAAGUAAAUUCCUCUUUGAAUUGAAUUAUUCAUGUUCCAACAAUGUGGCAGAGUAUGAAGCAUUAAUAAUGGGACUAGAAUUAUUAUUAGAAAGAGGAGUUAAAAAUGUGAAAAUUUUUGGAGAUUCACAGCUUGUAGUCUGUCAAGUAUCACUUGAACAUAGGUGUGUUAGUGAAAAUUUAAGAAAGUAUUUCAAUGUGGCUACAGAGUUGUUGAGUAAAUUUGAUAGUGUCAUUGUAAGGCAUGUUCCAAGGGAGUUAAAUCAAGAAGCAAAUGAAUUAGCUCAAAUUGCUUCAAGAUAUAAGAUCAAGCCCGCAACACUAGAAAAAUUGAAAUCUGUUGAUGGAAACCUCUUGACAUGUUUGGGAGAAAAAGAAGCGUACUUGGCUCUUGCUGAAGUGCAUGAGGGAAUUUGUGGUGCCCAUCAAUCAGGGAAAAAAAUGAAAUGGGUGAUAAAUAGGAAAAGAUUGUAUUGGCCAACUAUUCAAAGAGAUUGUAUAAACUAUGCCAGGUCCUGUGAAGAAUGCCAAAAACAUGGAAGUCUUCAACAUAUUCCAGCGUUAGAACUGCAUGUUAUAAUUAAGCCAUGGCCAUUUAGAGAGGCUAUCCCUCUAAGGGAGGUGACUUACAAUGAAAUAAUAGAUUUUAUUGAGGAGCAUAUUAUGCAUAGGUUUGGAAUUCCUCAGUCUAUUACCACUGAUCAAGGAACCAUGUUUAUUGGGAAAAAGGUCAUGGAAUAUGCCAAAUCUAGGGAUGACGAAAGGUUAAGAGCUUUAGAGCGGGUGAUUCAACAAAAAGAGAUUAUGUCAAAAUCAUACAACUGUCGUGUUAAAGCAAAGACAUUUGCAGUUGGAGAUUUAGUGUAG